UCGUCUUCUUUCUUCCAUAAGAUCGCUAGACAAUCAACUCUUCAAGGUACAGGAGAUCUAAGGCUUUGUUUCAAUUUGGAGCUAGCCGUUCUACAUUCAAGAACGCAAACCCACACUCUCCACUUACUACAACCUCGCUCUAAUUCUCUAAUUGCCUUUCGACGUAACCCUCUGAGCAUUUCGCUCUUCUGUUUCCUAUUCUCUUCUGGUGAUCAAGAGACGACACAAAGAGGAGAUGCAAUUCUUUGGUGGGUCUGAUAUCAGUCCUUCGCCUCCGCCACCGACCGCUUCAGGAAACAAUGCACACGUGAUGUAUGUUUUCAAUAGGAAUGGGGUUUGUCUCCUCUAUAAGGAAUGGAAUCGCCCACUUCGAACCUUGAAUGAACAGCAAGAUCACAAGCUUAUGUUCGGUCUCCUCUUUUCACUCAAAUCUCUUACCGCCAAGAUGGAUCCGACCAGUGUGGAGAAAGGAAAUCUUGGGGUGCCUCAGUUACCAGGUCAAGGAUGUUCCUUUCACAGUUUUAGGACCAACACAUACAAACUUAGCUUCAUGGAAAGUCCAUCUGGAAUAAAGAUAAUUCUGGUGACUCAUCCAAAAACAGGCGAUCUAAGGGAAUCUCUGAAGUAUAUAUACAACUUGUAUGUAGAAUAUGUUGUGAAGAAUCCACUGUAUACUCCAGGCACUCCAAUCAGGUGUGAACUGUUUAGUACAGCACUUGACCAGUAUGUGAGAGGCCUUGGUUGAUGAUGUCUACAAAUAAUACUAGAAAACCGAUGAAAAGGACGAUGUUCAAUCUAUCCUACUUUUGAGAUGAUCAUUGAGCUGAGUGUGUUGGUUGGAUACAUUCUUCUUUUGUAUGAGUUCUUUGAAGUGUCAUUGCUAUCAAAAUGAAACUCUAUUAUAUAUGGUUUUUCAUUUUUCUUCUUUUAGUGUUAGUUAGUAAAGUGUGAGACUUCGUUAUGUGAUCAUAAGACUUCACUCGUAGAUUUGAUUAAUGAAUGUUGUUAAGUUCUAC